GCUUAAACUUGAUCGGAAAAAACUACAAAAUUUUUAUGCAACUCAAGCGCGAACGUUGAAGAAGCAAUUGGUUGAACAAUAAAUAUUUUUCGGUGUAAAAUAAGCAUUAAACGUCGUAAGUGCGAGGAGAACAGAGCUAGUACGGAGGCAUGUAGCGCAAGGAGAGUCGGACGAAGAGGAUCGUGCUUCUGAGCGUUCCGUCCGAGUUUUUUGACACUUGCUCUCCACCGUCGUGAAGGUGCAGCAGCAGCAGCAACAGACUUUCCAAAACGUGAUAAGAGAUUCGCAGUGUAACGUCUUUUUUUAUUUAAUACUAUUGUUAUUGCGUGAUGGCAGUGUGCAGCAGCUACAUCAGGAGCCUUUUCCCUUCGAUCGACGACGAACUGUACCAAUAUGUUGAAGGUAUACUUGACAGUUCCAAGGAUGACUUUGAAGAUGCAAAUGAAGUUUAUGAGGCAAUUGGGGAGGUUCUGCACGAGGUAGAGGAAAGGUCAGAAAACGAGGUUAGGCAAAUAUGUACAAAUUUAUUAGAAAUGAUAAAAGGUGGUACAAAUGGAGGGAUAGAGAGGCGAAAAAAUGGAGUGAAUAAAGUAUUAAAUACCCCUAUUCAUAUGGGGUCAAUGGUUUCAUCAUUAGAUGAGCAAGUUGAUGAUGUCAAAAGUAUAUGGAUCUCAACCAGAGAUGACGGAUCGAAAGUAGAUGCAAAAAAAUUAGAAAAAGCUGAAGCCAAAUUGAAGCAGAAACAAGAAACACGUAGCAAUGAACCCUCAAGGAAUAAUGAUGUACCCAUGUUAGAAACAGCGACAGUUAGUCAAGUAAUAAGUAAAAAAGACAAUAGAUUGGAAGCCAAGGGAGGUACAAAUAGGACAAAUGAUAUUAGAUUAGAAAACUUUGAUAUAGCAUAUGGAGAUAGAGUGCUUUUACAAGGUGCUGACCUUACAUUAGCAUUUGGUAGAAGAUAUGGAUUAGUAGGACGUAAUGGAAUUGGUAAAACCACAUUAUUGAGAAUGAUAUCAAGUAAACAGUUACAAAUACCUUCACACGUACGAGUGCUGCAUGUGGAACAGGAAGUAGAAGGCGACGACACAUCCGCACUGGAAUCGGUUUUACAGUCGGAUAAGGAACGAUGUGCGUUACUUGCUCGCGAAGCUGAACUUCAAGCUGCUAUUGAAAAAGAGGGCGGCAAAGCCAACGAUGCUCUGGGCGAGGAAUUGGCCAAGGUAUUCGAGGCGAUGCAGUUGGCCGAAGUAGAAAAAGCGCCAGCGAGGGCGAGUACGAUACUUUCAGGUCUGGGUUUCUCAGUGGAGCGGCAAAGUUGGCCGACAAAAGCUUUUUCUGGUGGUUGGAGAAUGAGGCUAGCACUUGCGAGAGCUCUUUUCUCAAAACCCGAUCUGCUGUUACUCGAUGAACCUACCAACAUGUUAGACAUUAAAGCUAUUCUAUGGUUAGAAAAGUAUAUGCAAUCUUGGCCUACGACACUUCUAGUCGUUUCUCACGAUCGUAACUUUUUGGACAGUGUCCCAACAGAUAUUCUGUACCUGAAGGGACAGAAGAUUGAAUCGUAUCGUGGCAAUUACGAGCAAUUUGCCAAAACGAAAGAAGAGCGAGAGAAGAAUCAGCAGCGUGAAUACGAGGCUCAACAAGCCAAACGAGCCCACGUGCAAGAGUUCAUAGAUCGUUUUCGCUAUAAUGCUAAUCGCGCCUCAAGUGUGCAGAGUAAAAUAAAAAUGCUCGAAAAACUGCCAGACCUCAAACCAAUGGACAAAGAGAGCGAAGUGACUCUACGUUUCCCGGACGUGGAGCCACUGAACCCACCGAUCCUCCAAAUCAACGAAGUCUCAUUUCGCUACCCGAAUACUACGAAUUUCCUGUUCACAAAUGUCUGUCUGUCGGCAACAUUACAAUCGCGUAUCUGCAUAGUGGGCGAGAAUGGUGCCGGUAAAACGACCCUUUUGAAAAUUAUGACAAACUCAUUAAGUCCAACAACUGGCACUGUGCAUACGCAUCGUAAUCUCAAGUACGGUUACUUUAGUCAACAUCACGUUGAUCAGCUUGAUUUGAGGGUGUGUCCUGUUGAACUGCUACAGAAACAUUUUCCAGGUAAACCCAUUGAAGAGUAUCGAAGAAUGUUAGGUAGUUUUGGAAUUACUGGAGAUUUGGCACUUCAAAACAUAAAUUCGUUAUCAGGAGGUCAAAAAUCAAGAGUUGCCUUUGCACUUAUGUGUGCUGCAAUGCCUAAUUUCUUAGUAUUAGAUGAACCGACAAAUCAUCUUGACAUUGAAUCAAUUGAAGCUCUCGGUAAAGCGAUCAAUAAUUGUCAAGCUGGUGUGAUUCUGGUAUCCCACGACGAAAGGCUUAUUCGAAUGGUAUGUCAGGAACUAUGGGUGUGCGGUGAAGGCUCUGUCAAAUGUAUCGAAGGAGGCUUUGAUGAAUAUCGUCAAAUUAUUGAAAAAGAACUCGAAGCGUAAUAAUCAUAUCCGCUUCCUUUAUGACGUAUUCGUUUUUAAACUUUUAAUUUAAUAAAAAGCGAUGAUUA